AUGUCCUGCUACGAGCGAUGCCCUUCCAGCUCCUGCGGGCCGACGCCGCUGGCCAACAGCUGCAGCGAGCCCUGCGUCCGGCAGUGCCAGGACUCCACGGUGGUCAUCCAGCCCUCCCCCGUGGUGGUCACCCUGCCGGGACCCAUCCUCAGCUCCUUCCCCCAGAACACCACCGUGGGCUCCUCGGCCUCUGCGGCCAUUGGCAGUGCCCUCGGCGCUGAGGGGGUCCCCAUCAGCUCUGGCAGCUCCUUGGGCUUGGGGAGCUUUGGGUACCCAGGGCUGGGCAGCGCCUACAGCCGGCCCGGCCGGCGCUACGCCUCCUACCGUGGGGGCUUCUAUGGACCCUGCUGA